AUGGUCUCUGGUAAUACAAACAGCUCUAAUAUAAUAUCAAGUGAAAAUGACAUUCAUUUCGAUAAUAGAGAUGUAUACAAUGAAAAGCCUUUCGUAAAUUCUUAUGAAUUUUCGAGCGAUGAAGUUAUUAAUUGUGGAAUAGAAUAUGACCCCUUCAAUGAAAAUAAGCCUAAAUUUAACAAUAAAAAAGAAAAGAACUGGUUAUUUCAUUAUAAUUCUUGCUACAAGAAAGCCUUGUCAUUGCCACUUAUCAAUCGAGAAUACAAUAUAAAUUUUUAUAAAGACUCUCCUAAUGGAGAAUUUUUUUCUUUACCUACACUUGGAAUAGGUCGAUCGGACAGCAUACAACGAAUAUCUGCUGAUGUUUUAAAUGACUUACUUAAUGGUAAAUAUAAUAUAGAUUAUACAAUUAUAGAUUGUAGAUUUUCAUAUGAAUAUGAGGGGGGACAUAUUAAAAGUGCUGUAAAUAUAAAUAAUACUCAAAAAGCUAAAGCUCUUUUUAAAAACCCAAAAGUUUUAAUAUUUCAUUGUGAAUUUUCAUCAGUUAGAGCACCAAAACUAGCACAUUACAUAAGAAAUUUAGACAGAAAAUCAAACAUUUAUCCUAAACUUACGCUUCCUGAAAUUUAUAUACUACAAGGAGGCUAUAAAGAAUUUUUCAUAAAAUAUAAAGAGAUGUGUUUUCCUAAAAAUUAUAUUACUAUGGAAGAGGGUAGGCAUAGAUAUAGUAAAUAA